UUCAUACUCCAUUAUUUACAGGCAGAUUUAUAGUAAAUAAAUAUUGAAAACAUAUAAUAUGUCUGCUUAUACAUGCAUAAGUUGUCAUGUGGCAUUUUCUGACCCUGAUCAACAAAGAGGUCAUUAUAAAACUGAUUGGCAUCGCUAUAAUUUGAAGCGAAAGGUUGUUGGAAUGCCACCAGUUUCUGCAUCAACCUUCCAGAAAAAAGUGAGGGAGCGCCAGGUUGUCACUGCGGACAAGGACACUGAAGGCAUAUCUGGCUUUUGGUGCAAACUAUGUCAAAAACGUUUCAAUUCACAUAAUUCAUUUGAAAAUCAUAAGCAAUCAAAAAAACACAGAGAAUAUGAAAAUGCUCACUUGCAGCAAGUAAAACAAAAUUUAUCCAAGGAAGACUUGAAAAAUGAAAAAGAUGAAUCUGGUCUAAACGAAAGUCAAUCUAUGAAAAAAGCUGUUGCUGAUGCGAAAGCAGAUUUGGAUAAACCUAAAAUAUUACGGGCAGAUGAGAAAGUAAAGACCACAAAAGAAUUUAAAUCUGGUGACAAUCCUCGUAUGAGAUGGUUCAAAAAACAAGCAAAAGCCCUAAAAGAAGCAGAACAUGAGGAUGAAUGGGAAGAUGUAGAUUCUGAUGAAGAGAUGAAUGACGAAGAAGCUGAUGAAGAGGAAAUUAUCAUGAAAGAUGAAGAUGCAGAUAUAGAAUCACUGUCUUCUGACAUACUCACUGGUUCGAAACAGAGACAGAUUUCUUCUCAGGAAUGUUUAUUUUGUCUUAAAUCAUCAAAAGACAUUGAGUGUAAUGUUCUUCACAUGUCAAAGCAGCAUGGUUUUUUUAUUCCAGAUAUUACAUUUUUAACCGACUUGGAGGGAUUAUUGAACUAUCUUGGUGAAAAGGUUGGAAUGGGUAACAUAUGUUUGUGGUGUAAUGAGAAGGGAAAAGCAUUUUAUUCCAUAUCUUCUGUAUUGAAACACAUGAAAGAUAAGGGACAUUGCAAUAUGCUUGUUACAGGGGAUGCUGCAUUGGAAUAUGCAGAUUUCUAUGAAUUUGGUGAUGAUGAGGAAGAGAAUGACGUAGAAAUGGAUUCUGAAGGCGAGGAAGAUGAUGAUAAUGUAUCUGCAGAUAUAGAUAUACAGGAUUUAGAACUGGUUCUACCAUCUGGGUCAUCUAUUGGUCAUAGAAGUUUAAUGAGAUACUACAAACAGAACUUUCCACCUGUUGAAAGGCAUACAUCUAAAAAGCAAAAGCGAUUAGCUAGGCUUAUUGCGCAGUACAAAGCAAUCGGGUGGCACAGUUCUUCUGCAUCUGAUAUUUCUCGAGCUCAAAAGGACAUGGCCUACCUCAGGACAAUGAAAUCCAAGUUCAGAUUGAAGUUAUCAAUGAAAAACAACAAAACCCAAAUGAAACAUUUCAGAAUUCAACUUUAAAUCUGUACAAUUUGCCACAUUGGGCCUGUCAUGCGCUAUAAUUUGCAAUUCCAAUCAAUGAAUUUAUUGUCAUCCUGUAGUUAACCUUUGUUUGGCGAUGAAUAUUCAAUUUAGUCAAACUAACUUUUAAAUCAGGACCAUUCUAAUAAAAGUAUGAACACUUUAAGACAAUACACUCCUCAGCGAAUUGA